AUGCUCAGCGGCACCACCGUCAUCGCAGACUUCCUGGAGCCCUUCAUUCUGGGCAUCUCCUGCAUCGUCGGAGGAGAGCAGUUCUCCAUCCUGCUAUCGCAUACGACCCUUUCACUAAAGGUACAGUCGUUCAUUCUGAUCGCCGUGUCUCUGGUCACAAUCGUCGUCUCAGCCUUCAUUGAAGCGGAAUACUCGUUUUUCAACGGGUUUCACUGCUACCACGGGAUCUUGUCGAUUUUCCUGUACGUCAUGGUCAACAACAGGUUCAAGUCGUUUUUUUACGUGACCGCAAUGACCUUUUGCAUCGGCUUCGUGGUGACAUUUUUGAUUGUUCAGUCGCUCGCGCACUACCUCACGUCGCGGAUGCAGCUGCUGGCCUUCGUCUACGGCAUCUUCAUCUCGAGGUCGCUGCCGUACAUGUGCUGGUACUUCGUGAACAAGAAAAUCCCCUACGAGUCGCAGCUGCACUCAGUGGCGACCUCGCUCGGCUCAAUGCGCAUCAUUUUCUGCUUCUUCUCGAUGUCGAUUAAGAUUUUCCUGGGCAGGUUCAAGUUCACCAGCGGCUCGGAGAUCAGUUCGUUCGACCGGAUGAUGCCGCAGCUGACUGUGGGCAUUAAUUACUUUUUGACCGACAAGGACCUGCUCUGGAUACCCAGCGUGAAAUACGUUGGCGACAAGGACAAGUGGUCGAACCUUUCUUUCCCGACCUUCCUGACGUACUGCUUUUUCAUGGUUUCAGUAAUCGUCUACUCAGCCUUCCCUUCUCUGAUCCACUCAAUUUACUCGAUUUACUCGACCAACAUCAUUUCCCUCCUGACCAUGAUCAGGGCCAUUUCGCACCUCUUCGGGAGCUGCUUCGGCAUUUCGUUUCCGGCCACGAUAUCAGGGAACCUGUCGUUCCUGGUCAUAACGUGCCUAUCCUACGUGAUAGUCAUCGUGAACAUGUACUUUUACUACAAGUUCUACAACAUGCCCAUCUUGUUCUUCUUCGAGCUCCUGACGGGCUUCUGCCUCGGCUACCUGUGGUCUUACACACUGGGCACGAUCGUCAGCACCUCACUCAACAGGAACUGCCGCCACCAGGACCACAAAAUCGACUGCUGCUGCGGCGACAAGAUAAACAACCAGUGCUUCUGCCGCCUUCCGUUCAUUAUAGAGGAGUUGAAGCAGGAGGCCCAGAAUGAAGGGGCAAGCAUGUUGCGCUUCUUCAUCCUUAAGCCAACUGAGCAACCCGAGAAGAAGGGCCAAUUUCCCUGUUCAAGGGCGGCAAACAACAAAGGCGAACAGCUGAGGUACCACAAGGAGUCCAAAAACGCAGUUCUCAUAUUCGUGGGCCCUGAAGUCGCCAGUCAAGUGGGCAAGGUUAGCGAACGCUGCGCCGGCGCUAACACGGAAUGCCUGAGGCUGAUCAGGGCCUUCUCCCUGGAAUCAGUCACCACCAGCUCGUGCACUCGAUGUCAACUCACGGUGCGACUCGAGGCAAAAGAAAUCAAAGACGCGCUGCCGUGCAAAGGCUGCUCCGAGGGCUCGCAAUGCAACUGCUUCUCCGAGCCCGGAAAAUGCUGCUGCAUCGCUUUCAAAAGCUGUUCGACUCAGUGCAAGAAGGCCAACUGCAAAGUCCACUUUUGCUGCUGCAAUGACAAGUGUGCAGCCUGCAAGGACCACAUCAAGUCCGACAAGAGCGACACGGCCAGGCUAUUCCUGUGCUUCAAAAAUGACAAUGGUGCGUGCACCCUCAAGGAGAUUAAGCCUAACGAUUCGACCGACUUCGACGGCGACUUCAGCAAAACAAACGAAUUUGACAUUACCUGCAUGUUCUUUUCGGACUGCUGCCACGUGGACCUGCAGGUAGACCUGUACUGCACCAUGAAGAACAACUUUUUCAGACUCACGGGGAUCAACUUCCCAAAAAAGUACACCAAGCCCAGUUAUCUGUUUUUCAGCCCGUCGACUGCGAAGUGUGUGCACAAAAGGGACCCACAGUGCUGCUGCGCCCACAGAGACCUUGUAAGGUUGGCCGUAAAGUACGACCCCUUGCGAUACGAUGAAACGUGCAGUAUCAUAUACACAUCUAGAACCAGCACCGGUGGAUCGUCGGCAGCAUCCUCCAGUGAGCAGUCGGUGCAAUCGUCAAGUGGAGCAUCCAGCGGACAUACGAGUGGAUCUACAAGCGGAGUGUCACCCCAACCGACCCAAGGAUCAUCCACCGGCAAGUGCCCUGAAAUUUGUGCGCUGGAAGUCGACACUAUGGACUCAUUUUACAAGAAAAUAUACCCGCACAGGGCGAAGCUCGUGGUGCUAUGCCUGUCCAUAUUCUCACUGCUAUUCUUCCUGACCUUCCUGGUCAUUUCAGUCAUAAGGGCCUCGAAGCGGCAUUACGUCUUCAAGCCCAGGGUGCGGCUCACGAGUCUGGUGGGCAUCUUUUCGAGUAACGAGUACAACAGCAACUCGCAAAUCAUCACCAGGCUUAACUCUCUCAGCGAGGUCGCGAAGCUGGAGGACAACAUCUACAGGCAGAAGACCAAGGAGUACGACCAAAUGAUGCUCGCAUUCAGGAGACAGCUGGGCGAGGACCUGGCGGUGAGGCUUCUGACAAAGAUAGAGAACCUGUCGGACACGUUCCUGUCGAACAACGGAAAGCCAGAGUACAAGCGCCUGGACAAAGGCGUCAUCAAGUGGAGCCACGCAGUGGGCUUCAUGUACAAGUACGUGAUCAUGCACUUCUUCAGCAUCCAGAAGUACUUCGCAGUCUGGGAGAAGAACUGGGCGGUCGAGUACCGCAACUACCGCAGGUCCAUCGGCCUCAGCAUCGACCAGAUGUCGCUGAAGUCCAAGUUCUCCCUGACGCUGAUGAACGACCCGAAGCUGUCGGAGACGAAGUUCAACAGCAUCGGAAUAUCGCGCCUGGUGACCUGGAACAAGGUCCUCAAGGAGGUGCAGCUGUACUCGACGCUGAUAGAGAAGGAGGUGCACCUGAGCCUGGAGACGCUGCCCAUGAAGCUGGGCACGCGCCUGGAGCACUUCGUCGAGCGCUGGGACCACAGAGUCGAGAACAUUGUUCACUGGUCGAAGAGAAUGACGAACAUCUACGACUGGAGCAACUUCCUCGCCCAGUACGCCCGCAUCAAGGAGUGGGUCCACGACGUAAGCCCGUACCUGAAGGGCAACUCGGACGUGCGGUUCCAGCUGAAGGACCUGAACAAGGGGACGGAAGUCUUCUCGCAGUACAGGAUCGACUGA